AUGGACUCUGUCUCCCACAGUAUGGCCGAGGCUUCUCCAGCUCCCACGACUGCGUCCAUCAACCAACACCAACCGCCGCUGUCCCCGUCACCUUCUCAACCGACCUCCAUAUCCGAAACCGCCCCGACCCCUUCUUUGCCUUCAAUUUCAUCGCCCUCUGCUCAGUCUGCAUCUCUGCCUGCGGUUCUUGCAGCUGCAACAGCAGUCGCAUCAGUCUCCGCUCACUCGCUCCCGCAAAAUCCAGACGAGCUCCCCCCCCUCCGUCAGCCGUCACCAACUUCGCCAGCGCAUUACACGUUUGAGCAGCAUCAACAGCAGCAUCAGCAUCACCACCAUCAUACCCACCACCACCUUCAUCCCGUUACGCCGCCUCUUAGAAAAGACACAUGCUCUUCCAUCUCGACGCAGGCGACGACUGCCACCUUGGCCUCUACGGAGACCAAUAACACAUCGUACAGUGCCGAAACCUCUCCUAACUUGCACCAGUCUAUUUUUUCUAUAAAGGAUGGUUCCGACGUCUCUAACAGCCGCCGCACGAGCAGGAGACGGACCGGACCCCUUUCCCAACAGUCCAGAGAGCGCGCUGCACUUAUUCGAAAGCUCGGCGCAUGCAUUGAUUGCAGGAGGCGGAGAGUUGCUUGCCACCCAAGUCAUCACAAUAUGACCUGGGAGGAUGUCGUUUCCAAAUUUCACCGAUCGCACAGCCCAACUAUCCAGGAUAUUGCACCUUCGCUCGCCGCGGCUGGUCGGCCAUUGAGCCCCGCUGCUAUUACCAAUGUCCAGGCCUUGUUCACACACGACACGCAGGAGAUGGACAUUGAUUCCAGCACUCCCGGUUCCAACCAGCCAGGUCGACCUCCACUAAGCGACGCUCGAAUCCGAACCCCUCUACCUUCGGGCCCCCGCCUCGAAAAGUCAUUGUCGUUGCCCGGCAUUGAGAGUUUCAAGAACGAUCUCCAGACCAACGUAGGGCGUAUGCUUUCAACACCCAGCCGAGACCGAUACACCUCUGUACAGGUUAUGUUCCUGUUCUGGCAAGACGAUGAAGAUGUUCCCACGAUUCAGUCCGCUGUUCGAGAACUUGCCGAGGUGUUCGAUAAGUACUAUCGCUACAACUUUCAGGUUCAAGCCAUCCCAUCAUCGUCUGAAGGAUGCAAAAGUUCAUGGCGAUGGCUCUCAAGACAAUUGAACGAGUUUGUCGAGGAUCGCGACGAGCGUGAUGUGUUGAAAAUAGUGUAUUAUGCGGGACACACAUAUCUUGAUAGUAACCGUGAGAUGGUUUUGGCUAGCUCUCGGGAUCCAGAACAAGCCUCAACAAUCCGAUGGGGUGGUAUCCAACAAACAUUGGAGGAGGCAUGUGCAGAUACACUGAUCAUCAUGGAUGCGGCAUAUUACCCGUCAACUAGGAUGAUUCGCCAACAGGGUGUCUUGGAGCUUCUUGCGGCAUCAGUAUCAGAAGAGCAUUUCUACGAUAUCGAUCGGUGCGCGUUUACACGCGCAUUAGCUGAACAAUUGAGGAUCAGAGCGGCGCGCUUGAGUCCUCUGUCAGCGGCGGAGCUACAUGCCAAUCUUUUCUCCCACUACUCCAAGAUGGUACAGGAUAAGCACCCAGAGAAGGAAGUUCUAACCAGCUUCCCGUCGCCACUGCAUAUGAUGAUGUCUGGCAACUCGAGGCUCCCUUCCAUCUUUCUCUCGCCUGUAUACGAAAACAACCAUAUGCGAAAUAGCUUCUCGUCAUACGAGAAUAGCCCGCAACUGCAUCUGUCAAUUCGACUAGAUGAUGACAACGUGGACAUCGAAAGUUGGAACGAGUGGUUGCGCCUGAUGCCUGAAGGUAUCAAGGAUAUAAAAGUCGAAGGUCCGUUCCGAGCUGCCUUUAGAUGA